UGUAGUAUUGCUGGAGUGUUAAUCAAGAAAAAAUUCGUGCCCACAUCUGGAAUAGUGAUUGAACGGACUUCGACAGAAGAACAUGGAUUUGUGGACAGUAAUAUUGACAGUAGUGGUGGGUGCAUUUUGCGCGUAUUUAUUCUUCACUCGUAAUCACAAUUACUUCAAGAAACACGGUAUCCCGUACGUGAAACCAAACCCGAUUUUCGGUACGUUUACUGCAGCAUUUUUUCAAACUAAAACGUUGUCCGAAGUGAUUGAAGAAUCGUAUCAAUCUCACCCGGAGGCCAAAUAUGUUGGCUGUUUUGACUUUAGAGAUCCGGUAAUUCUGCUGAAGGACCCAGAGCUGGUAAAAUCCAUCACGAUUAAGAACUUCGACAGUUUUCCUAACCACCAGAUGUUCGCAGACUCACCGACAGAACCGCUCUUCCAGAAAAACUUGUUUGCACUAACAGGCGAAGCGUGGCGAGACAUGCGAACGCUUUUGAGCCCCGCGUUCACCUCCAGCAAGAUGAAAAUGAUGUUCAAAACGAUGUCGGAAUGCGCGAUAAACUUAUCCGAUUACUUAGUCAAUUCUUACUCCCACCACGAGGCUUUGGAUAUGAAGGACGCGUUCGGGAGAUACACCCUCGACGUUAUAGCGUCAACGGCGUUCGGACUGAGCGUGAACUCACUGAAGGAUCGUGAAAAUGAAUUUUACCGAGCGGGCAAGUCGGUGUCAGACUUCUCUGGUGUGAAAAUGUUCAAAUUCUUUUUCAUGAAAAACUUUCCAUGGCUUGCGAAGCUGUUCAAUAUCAAAAUACUGGACCGUGCGGCAGAGGAUUUUUUCACAAACGCUAUAAAAACGACCAUUGCAACAAGACAGGCGGAAGGAAUCGUGAGGCCCGACAUGAUACAACUUAUGAUGCAAUCAAAAGACAGGAAUGAAAAAUCCUCCCUGUCUAUCGAGGAUAUGACUGCACAGGCUUUCGUUUUUUUCCUUGGAGGUUUCGACUCUCCCGCGACCACAAUGAGUUUCGCAGCCCGACUUCUCGCUUCGAAUCCGGAAGUUCAGAAGAAAUUGCAGGCAGAGAUUGACAGGGAACUCGAAAGAGGCGCGGGGGAAAUUUCUUACGAAAAUCUUCACGGGAUGAAAUAUCUCGACGCUGUCGUCAGCGAAACGUUAAGGAUGUUUCCGCCCUCUGUGAUCAUGGACAGGGUUGGAGAACAGAGCUUCACCCUUCCACCAUCGUUGCCUGGACUCGAGCCAUUGGAGAUACAACCGGGUCGAAACGUCUGGAUACCGUGUUACAGUUUUCAUCACGACCCGAAGUAUUUCCCGGACCCAGAGAAAUUCGACCCAGAAAGGUUCAACGAGGAGAACAAGUCGAAAAUAUCUCCGUUCGUGUAUUUCCCCUUUGGAUUGGGACCCAGAAUCUGUAUAGCCACGCGUUUUGCUCUGAUGGAAGUAAAGUUGGCUCUAUUUCAUCUUCUUGCUACAUGCAACGUAUCGCCAUCGUCAAAAACUCAGCCGCGGAUAGAAUUGAGCACGAAAACGUUUGUGGUGGAACCCAAGGAUGGCUUCUGGCUAAGAGUUGAACCGCGAAUGAAGGAAGACCCUCUGUGAUUGAGUAACAAUUGGUUCAACAAUUAUGACGCGUACAUGUAUAUAACGUAAUUUUCUUUGAAAAGUAAUUGUAGUUCAAUAGCGUUGAAACCCAAUUCAGCACGUAUUGGAAUUCCAUGACGUUAGGCAGAUCCAUUGGCUCCUGUUCAAUUCUAUGACGUGAGCCAAUGUCAUAAUUUAAUGUACAAAUAAAUGAGUGUAUACAGUCA